CAUUUGUUGUUUUUUGUCAGUCGGUUGUUCGCAUUYAGWGGUGUUUUGAGUUUUGACGUACCCCAAAAUUCCGUCACGUCUCAAAAUAAAAAAUUAAAAACAAUGUGAAAUCGUGUCAGAAGGCCGUUGUGUUGUGUUUUCGACAUGCUUAUAUUUUUUGACACCGGAAUUCCACCAAAUAAGAUUUAGUUGAAGAUGGCAAACUUUUUAUUGUGCUUGUUCAUCUUUCGGAUAGUGUUGCCGAUCGUUCUGGGGGCAUGUAUAAUUUUCCGGCCGUCUGCACUUUCCGCCGUUUACUUCCUUUUUCUCCUUUUUCUACCAUGCGUCCCCAUCCCUACGGCCAGUUCCAUGGCCGGUUCGACAGGCAUCUACAUCAAGUUCCUCAUUGCGACAUCGAUCCUCACUUUUAUAGCCCAAUUGGCUUUCCAGAUUGUCCUUCUCGCUAUGCCUCCAUACGGCCAUAUCCUCGAAAAGUGCGAACUCUUAGAGCAAAUCCUACGACAUGUAGGUCUUGUCCGGCUCGAUUCUAUGAAGCCCAUCGUUGUGGUCACAUGGAUUUCUCCUGAAAUCGUCAUGGUGGUCAUCUCCAUCGGGACGUACAUCAUUUGUAAGAAACUCCUUGAAAAAAGAACCGUUGAAGUGGUCGAAAACGAGGAGAAUCUUCCUCAGAAAGCAAAAGCCAACAAGAAACAGUUUAAUCUUUUUGUGGCCGUGGGCAAAUAUGCCGUUUUGGUGGCGCUGUGUGUGGCUGCAGUGCUACGACCUUCUGUGCCUGGAGGGUUAUAUUUUUUGGUGUUUUUGUCUGCAUCCACGUGGUGGGCGUGUUGUAAGGAGUUAGCCAAAGGUUUUGCCAUUGUAAUGAGGUGUCUUAUGGGCGUGGUGGUCGUCCAUAUGGUCGCUCUCUACACGUACCAAUUCCAAUGGCCACAGGAGUACCUUGACAAGAAUAGUACCUACGCGCGUUAUUUUGGUUUGACCCCGAUUUUCAGAACCAAUUGCACUGAGGAUCCCAGAACAUUCCUUUGGGAGCAGGAGGAAUGGGCCACUUACGCCAACCCGAUUGCACUUUUCCUCCUCUACUAUGUGCUAGUACUAGAAUCGAAAUUCUUGCUUAAACCUCAGUCGCAAAAGAAGCAGGGAAAAUUUUUACGACUAGAAGGGAGUUUUACGAAACCGUUGAAUCGGCAGCUUUCUAACAGACAACUAAUGCGCAGAGCCACGACGAGAAACAAGUGGCAGAGUGCUACUCGCAAAGUUCGAAUUUCCGGGACCGAAUAUGCCAUUACUGAACACACACCCUUAAUUGGGGGAGUGAGUCCAUCACGACGUUACGGCUCUGGUAAAAAACCACCCGUUUAUCAAGACUCGACUGGAAGUGUUACAAUAACAGGGGACAAUCAGGAAAAUAUCCCUAUGGAUGAACUCGGUAAGGGUGCUGCAGAAGAGGAAUACAAGCCGACCCUCAUUGAAAAUAUUAUGUACGGCCUAGAAUCGAUCCUUCAGGUCAUCAUCAAAUCCUCCUACAUUGUCACCAAUAUCAUUAUGAUGGCCUGGAGCAUAACCUACAUCAGUUGGAUCACUUUUGUUCUUCUCCUCUGGGCCAACCUUCUGUGGCUUGUCCCUAACCAAAGGAAAUCAAUGCUUCGAUCCAGUCCUUUCUUAGUGGUCUACGCUUGGUUUCUCCUCAUUUCGGCAUACAUCUACUCGAUGAAUCUCACCGAAAGCGAGUUACCAACAACUGUCGAAGGCAUAGAUUUGGCCGAAAUCGGGUUCCAGAAGGUUUCUAUUCUCCCAUGCAACCCCCUUCUAGUCAAAUGCGUCUUCACGGCGAUGUUUUGGAUCACGUUGAGACAAUUCGUGAGAGAACGAAUUGAGGAACGGCAAACAACAGCACUUGCUGAUAUGGCUGCUCCUCUUCAAGUAACUGUAGGAACGGCAGCUGGUGUUGAAAACGAGCAAGACCCUGGUAGUAAACUCAUGGAGAAAAUCGGGCAAUAUCUGAGACAUUUUUUAACGAAAUUUUGGAUUUGGGUGGUAGCGAUUACCCUCUUCGCCGUAGCCAUAACAGGAGAGAGGAUGACCGCCUUUAGGAUUUUUUACAUGGCAUUGUUCCUCUUUUUCGUUCUAACGUUCCAAAUCUCGUUUAGAGCUUGGAGGAAAAUGAUGUUCGGCUUUUGGUUGACUGUCAUAGUCUUUUCCAUGGCGAUACUCGUCAUGGUCUACACUUAUCAAUUCAAAAAUUUUGAUAUCUACUGGCGAGAUUAUCUACAUGUCCCCAUACAACGUCAACUGGAUAUCGGUCUGGAAAAAUUUGAGACAAAACAAUUAUUCGUCCGAUUGGUCACACCUACAUUUUUCGUUAUUAUCACGGUAAUUCAAUUGCACUACUUCCAUAAAGAGUUUAUGGAGUUGUCUGAUCCGAAAAAUACCAGUGUUAUCGGAGUAGAUCUAGAUCAGAGUAGUCUCCAAGGAGGAGCCCCUACUUCUGACAAAGAUGAAACAUCCUCGUCCCUCAAGAUGGAUAUAACCGCCACAGAUUCAUCGCAAAAUCGAUGGCAACGUCUCUCAAAUUAUUUCCACGACACUAGCAAUCUAAUUUUUCUGUUUCUGGAAUUACACAUGCCGAAAUUCGUCGUCUUGUUUCUAAUGCUAGUCUGCAUUUACGAUAAGUGCGCCUUGUACUUUAUCCUAGUCCUGCUCAUAGUACUUGCGUGUGCUUUCGGUCGGCCCAUGCAAAUUUUUGCAAUCUACACGAGUUCAAUUUUUGUCUCCGUGAUGUUACUAGCACGAAUGAUCUAUCAAACAGAUUAUAUAAAUCCGGGUAAUUGGAACGUGACGUGUGAGAUGCAAAACAAUUCCAAGAUUGAGAACAACGCAAAAUGGUUGGGUUUUUACAAAACGAGUAAAAAUGAAAAUCUCCCUCGAUUGGUUCAGUGGAAUAUUAUGUACAUCCUUGUGGUGACCAUAUGGGCGGUUAUUUUGGUCCGGCAGUUUAAUUAUAGAGCUUCAAGAGGGAAACCGACGACAAGGGCCUUUUUCAUGUUCCCUAAAAUAACGCGAUGGGAUGCUGAUAAAAAUUUAAGAAACUGUAUCAAGUAUUUAUUCAAUUAUGGCUUCUUUAAAUUUGGAGUAGAAAUCUGUUUGAUAGCCACAGUUGCCGUUAUUGGCUUUAGGAUGGACAUGUAUUCUAUUAUUUACAGUAUAUGGUUAUGUGUUAUGUUUCUUGCAAAAAGAGACACCCUUGCCAAAAUUUGGAAUUUCUACAUGAUGUUUAUUGCGUUACUCCUCCCUAUUCAGUACGUAAUGACAGUGGGAUUACCUCCAACAUUGUGUAUACUAUUUCCAUGGGACCAAGACUAUUGGGACAAAAGUGAAGAAAAAAAUGCAGCAAUUUUCCGAAGACUUCAAGACUUCUCCUAUUUAUUAGACACAGAGUAUCCUCCAUCACCUAAAAAACUCAUUUGUGAUUUCAUUCUACUUCUCUUGGUAUCUCGUCAAGCUGUCAUCUUUCGUAUCGAGAAAAGAUGGACAGGGCGUGAUUAUCCAGGUGGUUCCAAUGAUGUUAUAAUCCAUUACGCAGAAGAAAAAGGGUUCGUUAACCCAACUCCGGAUUACAUAUCGAGUGUUAGAUCAUAUUUAGACGUUUUGAAGAAAGGAAUCUAUUCCAGUUUUCUUUGGAUAACGCUUGCUAUAGUUUUUCUAGCCGGCACUAACCGAGUUAAUGUGUUCUCAAUCGGUUAUUUGAUCGGCGCUUUUGUGUUUUUGUGGCAAGGUACCGACCUAUACCUGCGACCCAUCCCGACAAUCAUCAAAUCAUGGGACCUCUUUUUGGGAUACAACGUUUUUGUAAUUUUGUGCAAAACCGCCUUACAAAUAGUCGGUUGUAUUUUCAUACAAGACAUACCAAACUACGCUUGUUGGCUAAUCCAACUCUUCGGUAUCGGUUGCGUAAAAAAGUUCGGCGAUAUUGCCGUACAAGCUGGACUCACCGACGAAAACGAUUGCAAAGUUCCAAGAGAGUACGUCGGACUAGUGUGGGAUGGUUUAUGUUUCGGUUUUAUGAUAAUGCAAAGACGCAUUUUCACCAGUUAUAACUUCUUUCAUCUUGUUAAUGAAAUCAAAGCGGGUUCUAUUCUUGCUUCACGGGGGGCUGAGCUCAUCGAACAGCUCCGUUUGAAACGUAUGACCGAACAAGAGGAGCAAGAACGCCGAGUUUUGGAGAAAAUCAAAGCCAAGAUGGACCGAAUCAAAGCCAACCAGCAGAAAAUCCAAGGAUCGAGUUACAAAGAUAGUGAAAACCACUACGUGGAUACGAUAUUUAAGGGUAGGCCAAAGCGAAGAAGGAGGGAACCAAAGUCGUACAAGCAGGCUGUUCGUUCGGGCGACUACUACAUGUUCGAUGAUUUAGAUGACGAAGAUGAGUUAGAUUUUAUGGACAUACCAAAAGAUGAAGAUGAAGAAGAGGGCAAGGGUCACGGGCAGACUGUUAGCGAGCUUCUAAGUACUGCCUUGAAGACUGACAUCAGUACGAGUGUGAGACGUUCUGAGACUGAUUUUCGUCGAAGAGGAAGUAUGCCUCUACCGACGAGGCAGAAAUCGAUAAUAUCGACCCGAUCACAACUAUCAGCACCGUAUUCUGCUCCUCCUAUAAUUGAGGAACCCGGACCUAGAACUGUCACGAUUAUUGAUGAACGGGGUAAAGACGAACCUAAGCCGGGCACUAGCAAAGAUGAUGACGAUUCCAGUGUGAUAAGUGAACAAAAACCAACAAUCCGUGAAAAAAUUUCGAUCGGGUUGUUAUUCGUCUGGGCUUUCAUACAAAGCUCAAUGGUCAGUCUUACCAACUUCCUCAAUAAAUAUUCGAGAGAUUACCGUUACGUAAUCCGUGUUUUGACCAAAGAGAAAAAGUUUUUGAAAGAACACACGGACUACAAUGUUGGAUUGCGGCUCGGCUCGGGUCAGUUGUGGCAACCAGCAGCAUCGUACAAUAGUCUUCUUCGCCAGUCACAGCCAUCUUUGGAUCGUCGAGACAACGACGAGAAACCGCCAAUUAGUGACGAGAGCGACCAAAAAGCCAUGGCUACCUUACCCUACACGUCCGAACAGGACAGGCGCAAGGCGAGUGUUCUCACGGUCCCCGAAAUACGCAUUCUGGCCCCAAGUCUGGAACGUGGAUUAGACUCGCCUUCAACACCAAGCAGGGAGGAGUCACGGAUCGAUAUGGAGGAGUAUGAAGUCACGGAAAUGUCCUCGUACGACCAACCACCCAUAAUAAGACUUUUACUCGCAAUCUGGUACAUCAUAAUGAGUCGAUCGGAAAACGUUUGCUAUUUUGUCAUAUUUUUGAACCAAAUCAAAUCAGCUACUUUUCUGUCGUUGCCUUUACCCCUCAUGGUGUUCCUUUGGGGUACUUUGACGAUACCGAGACCGGACAAGACUUUUUGGGUCACUAUUAUAGCAUAUACUGAGGUAAUAGUGUUGAUCAAAUGUAUGUUCCAAUUCGAUAUAAUCCCUUGGAACAUGAGUCAAGCAAUCACAAACAACCCUUUCUACCCUCCAAGAAUAAUAGGAAUUGAGCGUAACGCGAAUUUUGCCGUUUGGGAUCUCUUGCUCCUCUUGGUCGUAUUUUUCCACAGAUUUAUGUUAAAGUCGAUGGGUCUGUGGAAAAGUUCCCCUGUCCCAGCAGCCCUUUUGACCGAAGGCGACUACAAAGUAAGCGCUGAUGGUAAACUCGAACAGAUCCAGAGUGACAUUCAAAUCAUGCGCCGCAGACGUAAAUCCGUUGUUGUUUAUAAAGAUAAAUCCCGGACUGUCCAUCAUCCAACCUUCAAAAAACCUGUCCCGAAACGAUUCCUAUCCUUAUUCAAGUUCCAUAAAAAAAUAAGCUCCAAACACAGCGAUAAGUCUCUGUCGAGUAAAACUUCAGCCCCUGAGGACAGUGAUCUGGAGCGGCUCGUGGAGGAGUCAGAUCAAAACGAAGAGGAAUUGCGGAGGGCUAGUAUCAGCAAGCACGAUUUGCAAAAUAAGAUUCUGAGUGUGGAUUGCCAAACGGUCGAUCCUAUGGCACACUUGCCCCAAUCGUUAAAAAUGGCGGUUUUGAAAUACGGGGAAAGUAUCAAAUUGUUUUUUAAGCAGUUGCGAGAUCCCACGUCCAGGGUCGCUGCUGAUGUGUAUUCGUACAUGUUUCUGUGCGAUUUUUACAAUUUUUUCGUCAUUUUGAUUGGGUAUAGUUCGUUUGGGACUCAACAAGGAGAUGGAGGAGUGUCGUCGUAUCUGGAAGACGAUAGAGUUCCCGUUUUGUUCCUCCUAAUGCUUAUUUUACAAUUCACGUUAAUUAUAGUGGACCGAGGGAUAUUUUUAAGGAAGAAUAUUUUAGCUAAGAUUAUAUUCCAGUUUAUCCAAGUUUUUGUCUUGCAUAUUUGGCUCUUUAUUGUUUUUCCAAUAAUAACGGAAAGGGGCUUUAAUUCGGUCUUAGCUCCUCAAAUGUAUUACAUGGUCAAGUGUUUCUACUUGCUGCUAUCAGCAUAUCAGAUCAGAUGUGGCUAUCCGACUCGAAUUUUGGGCAACUUCCUUUGUAAAGGCUACAACUAUGUCAAUAUGUUCCUAUUUAAGGGUUUCAUGGCAAUUCCCUUUUUAUUCGAAUUGAGAACUGUGAUGGAUUGGAUGUGGACUGAUACCUCAAUGACUGUUUUCGACUGGAUCAAAAUGGAGGACAUAUUUUCACACAUUUUUCAAAUCAAGUGCACACGACAUGUCGAAAACGAGUAUCCUCAACCAAGAGGCGAACGCAAACCUCCUGUCGUCAAAUACCUAAUGGGAGGAGCAAUCCUAGCCCUAAUUAUAGCCAUAAUUUGGUUCCCUCUAGUCUUCUUCUCCCUGGGAAACGCUGUAGGCAAACCCAACCCUCCUUACGAUGUCACUCUUGAAAUUCGGAUAGGGCCCUACGAACCGGUUUAUCAAAUGUCGGCCCAAAGCAACUCCAUUCAUCAAUUCACCCCAAGCAAUCUCGUACAAUUGCAACAGGCCUACAUCCAGCAGAAAGCCGCGGCAACUUUCAUUUCGAAUUAUGAAGGUCCUGAUAUUGCUGCGGUUAAACUUAGCUUAGAUUCAGCCAACAUCUGGAGUAUCUCGCCGCCGGAUCGUGACCGAAUGGUGGCGGAAGUUAGUUCCAACGAUCCGUUAAAAAUCCGACUCGAAUAUAGGGUUUCUCACAAGACUAGUAAACCGGAAGAUGCCGGUGUGAUUCCAGACAAUGUCGAGAUACAAGUUCCGGCGAAAAUCAACGGAAAACCGAACGAAAUGAGGCAGAAUCUUUUACAAAUGUUGAAGGGUAAUAAGACUGCCCGUCCGAUGAUUCUCGAGAAUAUACUCCCGAAGUUUUUGAAAGUUACGAAUCGAGGAACAGCGAGAUCCAUUUCACAGUUGAUGUUCUUAAAUAAGGAGGACGCAGAAAGUCCAAAUCCUGUUGGGAAGGCCUUUAGAACAAUCAGUUUAAGUUUGGAUAGCAGUAACGUCACUGAUAAGGAAUGGUGGCAGAUUAAGGAGGAUUGUAACGAUACUAAUUAUAAAAUGUUCCUCAGAAAGUUACCAAUGGCUGAUUGCAACUCUAUCAUCGUGUAUACUUUCAACGACAAAAUUUUCCCCAGUACUUUGAGUAUUCUAACAGGGGGCGGCAUAAUCGGCCUUUACUCAACUUUAGUUUUCGUUGCUUUCCGCUUCUUCCGCGGCUUCUUCGCCGAGCAAUGCUUCAAAAUCAUGUUUGAAGACAUGCCCAAUAUAGACAGAGUGUUGCAACUCUGUCUCGACAUCUAUUUAGUACGGGAAGCCGGCGAAUUCGCUCUCGAAGAAGACCUCUUCGCGAAACUAGUGUUCCUCUUCCGGUCACCGGAAACUAUGAUUAAGUGGACACGACCUAAAGAAGAACUCGGUGAAGACGAGGAUCCCGAAGGGGACGCCUAAGUCCUUCGACACCGAUCGGAAACUCAGGAAAUCUUAGCUUGUAGUGGCUUCGUAGCUUCGUAUUUAGGUUACUUCAAAUGACUUAAUCAAAUGACUGUCUAUAGGAUUUUUGGGCUGUAUGCUUUGUAUUUUUUCGCGUUGUAUCGUUCGGUGAGAAUGGCAGUCAUCGGAAGAGUCACGGAGACGAUCUGGUUGGAGGACAUGCCGAAUCCCAAUCGGAUUUACAAUCUGCUUAACGAUAUUUACAUCGUGAGGGCGUUUCGCCAGUACAGGAUGGAAGAGGACUUGUUCGCUAAGUUGGUCUUCUUGUUAAGGUCAAGGGAGUUGGUGAUUAAGUUCACAAGGGAGCCCGGGAACACGUACAGUCCGGAAAUAAUCUGGGUCAAAGAACAAAGAACUGCCAAAUAAAUUAAGUUUUUAAAGUUAGCGUAUUCAGUCGAUUCUUCCAUUUUUCGAAUAAGUUCAAGCUUUUAGGUCGUACGGUUUUGUAAAUUUGUGCAGGUGUAAAUGUUUCUAAGUUAUUAAAUAACAUCGAUGUUAUAUUUAUUGUGAUUUAAAACACAUCACUCUAGUACAGAUAUAGCUCUAUAUUUUGUUUGAAUGUUUUUAUAUUUUAAAACUUUUUAUAAAACAUUGUGCACAAGUGUAUUUAAUUUUUAAUAAACUAUUUUAAAUUUU